CCGCCGUGCCUAACCUGGACGUGACUACGACGGACAUGAUGCGACGCGGCAUCGCUAACAAAAACAACCAAUUCUGUUCGAGAUUGACUAUAAUGGAGCCGAUUUCGGGCUAAAUUGAUCAAACCAACAAAAGGACACAUCAUCUACGGUACCGGUGCCGUAACCUUAGGCAUAGGCUACUGUAGGCCACUUUUUCCUUUUAUUUUAAGUUCGAGGACCAUGAAGUUGUUGAUGUCACGCCAAGGCUGAGCUGAGACGAGACAGCCUGUGAGUGUGAGUCCAUGAGAAGAGUUAAGACAACAGUCGCAUGAACUGGAUGUACUGUUACUGCAGUGACAGACUGAGUUAAUUAGCAGCAGUAUCCACUCUGAUGUACUUUUGAUAAUCAUCAUCGAGAUCCAUUUCAUGAUUUCCCAUUGAGACGAUGCCUGGAAAGAGAAAGGGAAAGGGAAAGAAGAAGGGAGGGAAGAAGAAACCCAAGCUUACAAAGGAGGAGAAAAUCCAGCUUAAACUGAACAAAGCAUGUGCCUUGAUAACAGAACAGAAAGAUGUCUACCAGAACUUCCUGGAUCGGAUGGACCGAUGGCUUGCUGCAAACAACCUGAAGGCUAAAGAGCUCUAUCAAAGAUUUGACAAAAAUGGAGACGGUGUCCUUACUUUUGAUGAAUUCAAAGCAGGUAUGCUUGAUUUGGAUGCUCCUUGCAAUGCCAUAGAGCUUGAAGUGUUGGCUAGGAGACUGGACAAAGACUCGAGCAACACCAUUGAUUAUAGGGAAUUCUCCAAAGGUCUAUUUGCAAGUGAAAGUGAGAACGCAGAGGAACCCCCGACGCUAGUGACCAGACAAGCCUUGUGCCAUCCAAGUUGUAGCCUAGGCCAUUGGAGAGAUCACAUAGAGCGACAUCCUAGGUAUGUGCGUGUGCUUUUGCGGUCCAUCACUUUCGAUCACCUGAAGAUGUAUCCCGGCCACUUCAGCAAGGUCGUCCUGUCCCACUCCACGAUCCUGUCACUCUGUGGGAUCAUCAAGGAGGAACUAGCCCUCACCACCACCACCCUCCUCAUCUACCAUGACAAGACCAAGGAUGCCCUGGCCCUGGAUCCGGCCCGGACUCUGGAAGACUACGGCAUCAAGGGCAGGACAAGGGAGGAUCCGGAGGAGGUUGUCCUCUUCUACAACUACACAGAAUUCCAUGAUUGUUCGCUGCUAUCAGCAGAUUACUACUUUAUCAAAUGAUUGCCACCUGUUAUAUGAAAAAGAAAAAAAUCAAGUGAUUGGAACAGUUGAGUCUGCAUUUAUAAGUCUAUGACCCUGUUCUCAGAACCACCUCGCAUAAAGCGGUCUAUUUUUUUAUGAGAACGCUCUUAGUGGGUCAAAUGUUUUGCUUGAAAUUUGAAAUUGCAGAGCCCAAAAUGUUCAAAGAUCGCUUCCUGAAGAAUGGUUGUGUCCUCACCUAGGCUUAAACUGGUUUAAAGAGGCAAAGCAGUCUUGAAAACCACGUUGCAAGGCUGUUUUCCAAAGAUUUUCCAAGAUCGCUUGCAAGACCGUUUCAUGUUAAACUAGUUUCCACUGAACUGGUUUCCAUUAGUAAUUUAAGGAUUGUAAUGAAAAGUUGCAAAGUUGAAACAAAUUUGCAGAACAGAUGAUGGAGAAUUUGUGUUACUAUUUCUAAGUCUAGAAUAUUUUUGUGAUUCAAAGAGAUUGCAUCCAUGCAGACUCUCCUGAUAAGUAAAUAUUUCAUUUGGCAAAGAACUAUACAGUAUGUGUGUGUGAGAGAGUGUGGGUUCGAAACAAUCAUGGAUGAGAAAAGGACAGAGGCCAAGGCCAAGACAAUUAUACCCGAGACAGAAACCACAUCAUACUAGUAAUACUAUAAGUCGAUUUAUAUAACACUUUUUGCCAAAGGAUACAGAGCAGAUGUAUUAUUGCCCCAGCUAUAAAUCGAGCAACUUCUUUAUCAUCAGCGCUCAGUGCUUUUAAGGAGUCGGUUCUACCUUGUAUCCAUUAACUUCACCUUGGUCGAGUGCAGCACAUUGUGGAUGAAUUUCUUGUUACAGGAAAACAUGCCAUGGCUGGGAUUCGAACACAUGACCCUGAGUUUUAAAGACUGUAGUCAGAACCACUAUAUCACAACAUGCCCACGCUCGAUGUGUAUAUACUGGGAGUUCAUUUUGUCAUGAUGCUUCCGUCCAAUUUUAAUGAAAACUAUAAUUGCAUGUAAAGUAUAUAUUUUUCUACGAUGCAUUAUUAUUAUUAUUAUUAUUAGAUUUAUUGUGUUAAGUUUCAUAAAUUACUCUCUUUAUAUAAGGUCUGACAGAAAAAUAUGAAGUUUGGAUUAAAUUCUUUUAUAAUAAUUUUAUUAUUUAAUAAUGUAAAAUACUUGUAGUUAUUAUCAAGUGAUUGGUAUCAGGACCCUGUCUUACAAAGAGUUAAUAUUGAUGUGAUCAACCUCAAGUUUAUGGAAAUCCAUCAAUGUCAUAAUUUUUUCUUUGGGAAAUUUGCACAAUGUCCUUUGUAAACCAAGAGAAGCACACUGAAUUUUCAAGAUAAAUAUGAAUAUACAUCAUAUCUAGAAAAUAUUCUGAACAAACAUGUAUUUUAGAUGUUGUUGCUGGUUUUCCAUAGUUGUGGUUGAUUGGAUCAAUCGUAACUCUUAGUAAGGCGGGGUCCUGGUUUAAAGGGAAUAUAUGUAUGCUAGCUACAGUGGAUAUGAUCAGGUUAUUUUUUCCUUUUAGAUUAAUCAACACUUUGUAUUAAGUCUAACAAAAUGUUUGGAAUAAUAGUUUAAACCCCCCAAGUAUACUUUCUGGUUGUCAAGAACAGAGUUUAUUUGAAAUGUAUGAAAAUAUGAAGUAUUCUACUAGUCAUGUAGUGUUACAGUUUAUUGAAAGGAAGUAAAGUAUUCUACAUGAAAAUUGAAAGUGAUAAAAGUAAGAAAGUGAACAGGUUUGCUUUCAAAUAUUCCGUCCAGUUUCAUGUAAAUGCUAUUUUAUAUAUUUAUUGUAUUAAGCAUAUUUAUGUAAUAUUUCAAUCAGGUAUUUUGUGAUUCUUUUAUAUUGUAUGAAAUUCUACGAAAUUGGAUCCCUAGUGAUAUCUAACAUAACAAAUCAUGUGACGCAAUUUACAUGUUACGCUAUCAAGGUCAAUGAUGAUAUAGGAAUCAAUAAUUCUUGUAAGACUUAAUCUUAAGUUUAGUUGACAGAAAUUUUACCCUUGUGUCAAAAGUAAUAUAUGAAUCUAUAUUAAACAUUUCUAGAUGAACUUUUAGACAAGGAUCAAUGAAAUAUGUGAAAUGUCCUUAAAAAUAAUAAUUAUUCUUGCUUGUGUAGCAAAGUAUCUUAAUGCUCUACAGUAACACUGCAUAAUAACCCUGACUUUAGCAGAGCAGCUGUUAUGCGCACUGCAUUUCAAGGAAUAAAUUCCAACCAGGUACCUAAUCACCUCACCUGGGUUGAGUGCAGCAAAAUAUAAAUGGUAAAUGGAAGUGAUUUUUGACUUGAUUGCUAAGAAAGCAUGAAUGCUUGUAAGCAAGCAACCAAAGGUCUGAUGGCUGAUGGAAGUAACAACUUCCCCCCCCCAUUGAGAGCCUGAUUUUCUACAAGCUCUGCCUUUUAUUUAUGCUCCUCACUUUUUUUUUUACAUUUUGUAGUGUACCUUAUGCUUAAAUACUUAUGUUAGAUACUUAAUUUUAUCAUCGAUACACUAUGUUAUUGUUUAUGAACACAUUUGUUUUGUAUAUUGUGAUAUUUGUUUUAAAAGCGGAAUCAAUAAAUUAAUGAAAGAUACUCUUGGAGGGACCCGGUAAUGAGGAUUAUUGCCUUACCAUAGGUCACUAGUGCACCAAGGGGGAAUUGAACCCGGGUUACCGGAAUCCGAAAUCCCCUCUCUAUAGACUGAGCUAUCGCGUGGGUAAAUUUCUUGCUGGCUUGGAAUCAAAGUCAUGCAUCUCAGAUUGAAAGACAAGAGUCAUCCACAAGACUACAACACCCCGACAUGUCCAUGUCUUAAUGGCAACAGUAUUGUUAAUUGCAAAAUGGAGGUGAAACCACCAGUGGUUUUCAGUGUUGUAGAACUUGUUAUUAAAGGAACGAACACCAAAGGCCAAGGCUAGGCUAUGAAACUAAGGGCAUUAAGAAGUAUACAAUAAAUGAGAAGUACUGUACAACAGAUGCAUGA